AGAAAAUUCAUCUACCCAAGUGUUUUGGAGAAAGAAAAAGAUGGGUAGUUCGGAUACGGGAACUGGCGUUGCUGAUAGCAGUGUUGGGAGUAUCGUUUGGGUUCGGAGACGGAACGGGUCGUGGUGGCCUGGUAAAAUACUCGGCCCAGAUGAGCUCUCGGCUUCUCAUCUCAUGUCUCCCCGAUCCGGAACACCGGUUAAGCUUCUUGGGAGGGAAGACGCCAGUGUGGACUGGUACAAUUUGGAAAAGUCCAAGCGUGUGAAGGCAUUUCGAUGUGGUGAGUUUGAUGAGUGCAUUGAAAGGGCUGAAGCUUCCCUUGGCAUUCCUCCGAAGAAAAGAGAGAAAUAUGCACGUCGGGAAGAUGCCAUACUUCAUGCUCUUGAACUUGAGAAGCAGCUGUUGGAGAAGAAAUAUGGGAAAGUAGGUCAUAGCUCUAAGGCAAGGAACAGUAAAUCAUCAGAUGGUGCAAAGAAAGAGUUGUCAACAUCUUCAGAGUGCUUGGGAAAUUCCACUGGGAGACAAUUGAACCCUAAAUCUCAUCAACGUUCUAAGGGUCAGGACUUAUCUGUUGAGAACAGUGGCAAAAGCGGCCAUCAACUGAAUGGGGAUGACGAUAACUCUGGUGCACUACCUCGGAUGAGAGGCUUGCAGGACUUUGGUCUCAGGACUGCCUCUUCAAAGCGUAAGCUUUCUUCUUCAGUUGCUUCUAAUGGUUCUCAGAAGCCUGCGUUUGACGAGAGUCUUCAUGCUCUUUCUAGCAGUGGUCGUAGCACAGAAAGUUCAGUUCAUGCGAACAGUGAAAAUUUGGUAGACAAAAGGAACAGGUUAUAUGAGGAGUUGGCUGACGAAUCUCUUGUCAAGAGGCGUGACAAGCGCCGUCCUCUUGUUCAAGUAAUGCAGAGUAGUGCAAAGCUAUCAGUUCUUCACCCAGAGGCUGAUGGCUGUACUGUUUCUAUUCCUGUGUCAGAAGAGGAAGAGCCAGGAGCUGCCUGCCUUGUCAACUCCAGUGAUUGUUUAGAAGACAAAGAAAUUAAUCCCAACGAGAUGGGUAUGUCACCUUCCAAGGUUGAAGAAACUAAUUGUGCUAAUCUUGCUGCUUCAAAUGAAGAGAAGACAUCAGGAUCUACAGAGGAUACGGAGACUGAUUCUUCUGAUACUGAUUCUGAAGAAUCAGAUAGGGACGAGGACUUGAAUGCGUUUUCAGGUUAA